UUUCUUGCUCAUAGUCUGAGUAUUUAACUGUAGUUUUAUUUAUCCCGAAAAGUGCAGCAGUAGCGGCAGCCUUGCCACCAGUACAAAACAGAGAAUGGAGAGCACGAAUAACAAUAACAGGUUGGAGCAGACACUUCAGGAUGGAAAGCUCUAUCGACACGUUAAUUCACUAAUUGUUGCUCAUCUUCGUGACAACAAUCUCAAUCAGGCUGCAAGUACGGUGGCUUUGGCUACUAUGACUCCAUUAAAUGUUGAAGCUCCUCCUAGCAAGCUUCUUGAACUGGUGGCCAAGGGUCUUGCAGUGGAGAAAGAUGAGAUGUUAAGAGGAGUUUCUACAGCUGCAUUUUUAGAGUCAAAUAGACAUGCAGGAUAUGAUUCCAUUGCAGCUCCACGUGCCGCUCUUGAUUUCAGUGCCAUGCUUGAUACUAAAGGAUCAUCAAAGAGCUUUCCAAAGCAUGAGACACGACAUGUCUCAGAGCACAAGAAUGUCGCAAGAUGUGCAAGAUUUAGUCCUGAUGGAAGGUUUCUUGCAACUGGCAGUGUUGACACAUCAAUUAAACUGUUUGAGAUAUCAAAAAUCAAGCAAAUGAUGCUGCGAGAUGCAGGAGAUGGCCCUGUACGGCCUAUCAUAGGGACAUUCUAUGAUCACGUUCAACCAAUAAAUGACUUGGAUUUUCAUCCUCAAAAUACAGUUCUUGUAUCUGGGGCUAAGGAUCAUACAAUAAAGUUCUUUGAUUUUUCCAAGACGGCAGCAAAGAAAGCAUUUAGAGUUAUUCAGGAUACUCACAUUGUGAGGUCAGUAUCAUUUCACCCUUCUGGCGAAUUUCUUUUGGCAGGAACUGAUCAUCCAGUUGCACAUUUAUAUGAUGUUAAUACUUUUCAAUGUUAUUUAUCCGCAAAUAUCCAAGAUAUUGGUCUUAAUGGAGCCAUAAAUCAGGUGAGGUACUCAUCUACUGGUAGUAUGUAUGUUACUGCAUCUAAGGAUGGUGCUAUACGGUUGUGGGAUGGGAUAAGUGCCAAUUGUGGGCGCACUAUAAUUGGUGCACAUGGAGCAGCUGAGGCCACAAGUGCAGAUUUGACAAAGGACGAAAAGUAUGUUCUCUCUUGUGGAAAAGAUUCUACUGUGAAGCUCUGGGAAGUUGGCACUGGAAGAUUAGUUAAGCAAUAUCUUGGAGCCACACAUACACAGUUGCGGUGCCAGGCAGUUUUUAAUGACACAGAAGAGUUCAUCUUGUCCAUUGAUGAAGCCACAAAUGAGAUUGUAGUUUGGGAUGCACUUACAGCAGAAAAAGUGGCUCGAUGGCCUUCAAACCAUGUUGGUGCUCCACAAUGGUUGGAGCAUUCACCAACAGAGGCAGCUUUUGCUUCUUGUGGGGCUGAUAGGUCAAUACGGUUCUGGAAGGAGAUUCUCUAGGUGCUUUGAGAAGGUUUUGUCAUACCAUUGUGGCAUCAAAAUUGGUGUGAAAUGGCACGGAUGAUGAAGAGCCUGGGCAGAACAACUCAUCUUUAAAUUUUCUCGUGUUUGGCAUUGAAUUUUGUAGUUCGUCGCAUAUGGUUUGAUUAAUACUCCCAGAUAGGAACUUUAUGUAGGGUUUUGCACUUACAAAUCAAUUUCACUUGACUUUGACCCUUCUUUGAGAUUAUGGCA